AUGUCCAAUCUAGAUCAAAUUGUGAAGGGGGCGCCUCCUCCUGGGAGUCAAUAUCCUACCCAGGCGACUUCUGGAAUUCAAGCUCCUGAGCUAUCCGGCCCUCCUCUUCUGGCAGAUCCAUUAGCAUCUCUUCCGUCGUCUCCUCCACAGAUCUACCUCAAUCUUCUUAUCCUCGAAGCUUCUCUGCGCGCGCAAUGGCUCCAGCUACGAACCAGAAGGCGCCAGCAUACAUUCUUCCUGACCUUACUCGGCUUGUGGAUUCUAUAUUUUGGGUAUGCGCUAUACUUUGCGCCGCGAGAGGAUGGCAGUGGCGUGGGAGGGUCUGUUUACUGGGUGGUGGAGAUGACUGAGCGAUUGUGCUUCAUGGGUGGCGUGGUGACUGGCAUUUUGGUCUGGGGAACGGGACAAUGGGAACGAGGCUUUCGCUGGCCAAGGCGCUGGGUGUAUACUACCAAUAGGGGUCUCAGGGGGUUCAACUGCAAGCUGGUUGUGAUCAAGCAACCAUUAUGGAGGGACUUGUUAUCCACCUUGUCCUUCGUGUUUUCAUAUGGGUUAUUUUCGAGCACCAGCGGGAGCUCGUAUCGUUUUGUGGACCAGUCGCUCUUGAGGGAAUCGGAAAAGAUACAAAGCAAAGGGAGUCACCAUGCGCUUCCAAACAUACACGAGGACGAUGAAUCGGCUGGCUAUGAUGAGGAUCUGGCGCCAGGCGGAGACUAUAUUAAGCUUCUUUUGCUUCCAAAGCCUUUCUCUCCUGGCUUUAGGGAGAAUUGGGAUAUUUACCGGACGGAAUAUUGGGAGAAAGAGAAUGAGCGGCGCGCGAUUCUCCAGAAGAAGAUCCGAGAAAGAGAGAGGAAGAUCGCUAAGCAAGAAGGUGGAUGGUUUUGGUGGACAGGCUAUCGAGGCUGGAAGCGUGGGAAAACUCCUGAUGUUGAGAAGACGCAUCAUGCUCUGCAUAAGCACAGCAGCCUUCGCGGAGACGAUCAGAAGAGGACUCGAAGCGGGAGUGUCAGGUCAGGUUCUCAUUCCAGGAACUCAUCUCGAAGCUCUACGCCAACCAUCGAACUGGAGGAUGGUCAAAUAGGACAUGUUCGGCGAGGAAGUAGUGCAUCAAGUGCCAGAAGGAAGAAGACUAUCAGCGGAAGCAGGGUGCAAAAGCUUACUCCUGGAGGUUCACGUUCUGCAACCCCUGAAGUUCCUUCUCCUCUUGUCAGAGAGAAUAGUUUCACGAGCAUUUCUUCUCUUGACAGUGAGCGCUCACCAACUCCAGGAGUGGGUGAUGGUGAAUCCAGCAGUGGCACGAAGAUCCAAAGAUCUUCAUCAAAGUCUGGUGGUAGCGUCAGGAAGAAGUCAAGUCCAGGCAGUGUAACAAAGCAACUUUAG